GGUAGACCGGUCGGGGGUCGGGGGGCCCGGCCAUCAUGCACACACAGAGGCAGCUGACCGUGGCCGCCGUGCGGACAGAAGUCAAACGUCACGAGGUCACCAAGUUGCACCUGAGCCAGCUCAGCCAUCUGGUCCAAAAGGUGUCCAGCCCAGAUCUCCAGGACAAACUCCAGGCCUCGCUGGACUGCGUCCGAGAGGCCGUGCUCAACAGUCCGGAAUGGACCCUGAGCCGCUCCGUCCAGGACCUGCGGUUGGGAGUGUUGGGAGAUGCCCGAAGUGGAAAGUCAGCUCUCGUCCACCGCUUCCUGACCGGCUCCUACCAGGCACUGGAGAAGACAGAAAGCGAACAGCACAAGAAGGAGAUGCUGGUGGAAGGCCAGAGUUACCUACUGCUGAUCCGGGAGGAGGGGUCCGCGCCAGACGCCAAGUUCUCAGGCUGGGCCGACGCCGUGAUCUUCGUCUUCAGCCUGGAAGAUGAAAGGAGCUUCCAGGCCGUGGGGCAGCUGCACCGGCAGCUGACCGCCCUGCGGGGGGAGAACCGAGGGGGGCCCGGCCUGGCUCUGGCCCUGGUGGGGACGCAAGACAGGAUCAGCGCCUCGUCCCCUCGGGUGGUGGCGGACGCCCGGGCCCGCGCCCUCUGCGGCGACAUGAAACGCUGUAGCUACUACGAGACCUGCGCCACCUACGGGCUGAACGUGGAAAGGGUCUUCCAGGAAGUGGCGCAGAAAGUCGUGACUCUGCGGAAGCAGCAGCAGCUCCUGGCAGCCUGCAAGUCUCUGCCGAGCUCCCCGAGCCACACGGCCCCCGUGUCCCCGCUCGGGCGGCCAGGUGAGGGGCGGGCCAGCGACGGCGGCCACACGAGCGAUUACUCCUCCUCCCUCCCGUCCUCUCCCAACGUGGGCCACCGAGAGCUUCGGGCCGAGGCGGCGGCGGUGGCGGCGGCGGCGGCGGCGGCGGCCGGGCUGAGCACCCCGGGGUCCCUGCACCGAGCCGCCAAGAGACGCACAAGCCUCUUCACGAACCGCCGGGGCAGUGACUCGGAGAAACGAAGCCUGGACAGUCGCGGAGAGACCGCGGGCGGCGGGCGGGCCAUCCCCAUCAAACAGAGCUUCCUGCUGAAGCGGAGCGGGAACUCGCUGAACAAGGAGUGGAAGAAGAAAUACGUGACGCUGUCCAGCAACGGCUACCUGCUCUAUCAUCCCAGCGUCCACGACUACAUCCAUGGCGUCCACGGCAAGGAGAUGGACCUGCUCCGGACAACGGUCAAGGUCCCCGGCAAGCGGCCACCGAGGGCCAUCUCGGCCUUUGGGCCCUCGGCCAGCAUCAACGGGCUCGUCAAGGAUGUGGGGUCCGGCCCGGCGGCCGAAGGGAGCGCUGAACCGCCCACGCCCACGCCCACGCCCACGCCCACGCCCAGCCCCAGCACCCUGCAGCCGCCCCCGGAUCCAGCCUCCAAGCAUUUCCUGAAGCCAGAUCGCAACCUGGCACGAGCCCUGAGCACCGACUGCACUCCGUCGGGGGGCCUCAGCCCGCCCAGCCGGGACCCCCCACCCUCGCCCCUGGGGAAGAAGCAGCGGAGGAAGAAGCUGACCACUCCGUCCCGGACCGAGGGGUCCUCCGGACAGGCGGCGGAAGAGGAGAAUUUUGAGUUCCUGAUCGUGUCGAGCACCGGACAGACGUGGCACUUCGAGGCGAGCAGCUUCGAGGAACGCGACGCCUGGGUUCAGGCCAUCGAGAGCCAGAUCCUGGCCAGCCUGCAGGGCUGCGAGAGCAGCAAGGUCAAGCUGCGCACCGACAGCCAGAGCGAAGCCGUGGCCAUCCAGGCCAUCCGGAACGCCAAGGGGAACUCGACCUGCGUGGACUGCGGGGCCGCCAACCCCACCUGGGCCAGCUUGAACCUGGGGGCGCUGAUCUGCAUCGAGUGCUCGGGCAUCCACCGCAACCUCGGGACCCACCUGUCGCGCGUCCGUUCGCUGGACCUGGACGAUUGGCCGAGGGAGCUGACCCUGGUGCUCACCGCCGUGGGCAACGACAUGGCCAACCGCGUCUGGGAGAGCCACACGCAGGGCCGGACCAAGCCCACGCAGGACUCGUCCCGGCAGGAGCGCGAGUCGUGGAUCCGCGCCAAGUACGAGCAGCUCCUGUUCCUGGCGCCGCUGAGCGGGCCGGCCGAGCCGCUGGGGCCCCGCCUGUGGGCCGCCGUGCAGGCGCAGGACGUGGCCUCCGUGCUGCUGCUGCUCGCCCACGCCCGACACGGGGCCCUGGAGGCCGCGGCCGACGGGGACCCGCAGCGCCGCUCCCCGCUGCACCUCGCCGCCGAGCUCGCCCACGUGGUCAUCACGCAGCUGCUGGUCUGGAACGGCGCGGACGUGUCGGCGCGGGACGCCCGGGGCCGCACGGCGCUGUGGUACGCCAGGCACGCGGGGAGCCGCCUCUGCGCCGACAUCCUGCUGCAGCACGGCUGCCCCGGGGAAGGGGGCAGCGCGGCCCCCUCGCCCGCCCCCAGCCCCCCGCGGGCCCCCCGCAAGAGCAGCACCGCCAGCCUGGGCCGCCCGGACGCCCCCGUUGCCCUGGUAUAGCCGGCCGCCCGGGGCGGGCUGCAGGGAGGGCGGGGGGCUGGGACCCCCACUCACCGGGCACGGACUUCGGGGCCUUCCUCGGCGGGCUCACGCGGGGCACGGUCCCGCUCCCUCACACGGGGCACGGACCCACUCCCUCGCUCUGGGCACAGACCCCUCUCCGGUGCCCCCCCUCACCGGGCACACCCUUCCCCUCCCCUCCUCACAGACACUUGUCCCUCUCCCCCGUCCCCCCCUCCCCCCGGCCACCCCCCAACACCGCUCCCCGGGGUUCCCCUCCGCUCUUGCUUUGCAUUUGGGGAGAGGGGGGUCUCUCCCCCACCGAGCCUUCCCAGAGGCCGAGGUCCGGGCUCACCCGAGGCAGAUCACGACACGUACCCCCAAAGGGUGCGGGUGGGGGUGGGGGGUCAGCAGGGACCCUCCCUCGGUCCAUCGGUCCACACCGACUGUCCGUUCUUGACCCCGGCGGGCCCAGGGCCUCUUGGAGGGAUGUCGACCGUCCAGACCCUUUCUGUGAAAGGGAUCGGGGCCCCCCACCCCCAGCUCUGGACACGUGAAGGAGCGGAGGGGGCCUAGGGUUGUGACGUAGGGGUGGAAGGGGGCUGGUCACUCAUUCCCUAAUCCCUUCACCCCCCCCACCCCCCCCCCCCCACCCCAUCGGUGUCAGUGGUUUGGGCUAAAAUUCAGAUGACAGUGGGGGGGCGGGGGGGAGGGGAGGGGGAGGCCCGGCCUGGCCGUCCCUAUACCCGUACGGGUGGGGAUUUCAAGUGGAAUAAAGUGACAAUAAUUUGGA